GAGGUUUGGAGGGUGAUGGGGAAGGAGGGGAAGCGGCGCGCGGAGGAGGGGAGGCGGAGGAGGAGGGGGGAGAGGGAGAGGGAGGAGGAGGAGGACGCGGCGCCCGCGAUGGGGUGCUGGAUCCGCAUCCCGCGGCGCCUCGGCGGCGGCUGCAUGUCGUCGCGCGCCAAGGUCGACUCCUCCACCAGCGGCGGCGGCGCCAGCGCGCGCGGCGGCGAAAGCAAAUCAGCGAAUGAUGGCUGCCAAGACCAUUCAGUUCCACCAAUGGCCUCUGGUUCUACAACAUCCAGUAACACUGGAAGUAUCUCUCCUUCCUCCAUAGUUGGAGAGGAACUUAAGCUAGCUUUCCAACUCCGUAGAUUUACAUUUAAUGAACUAAAGUGUGCCACAAGAAACUUCCGACCUGAGAGUCUCCUUGGUGAAGGAGGUUUUGGCUGUGUCUUCAAAGGGUGGAUUGAGGAGAAUGGAACUGCUCCUGUGAAGCCUGGUACAGGAUUAACUGUUGCUGUCAAGACACUCAACCAUGAUGGGCUGCAGGGGCACAAAGAGUGGGUGGCAGAAGUUGAUUUUCUUGGUAACCUUCAACAUCCGCACCUAGUGAAAUUGGUUGGUUACUGCAUUGAAGAUGACCAAAGGUUGUUAGUAUAUGAAUUUAUGCCUCGUGGAAGCUUGGAGAACCAUCUUUUUAGGAGGUCAUUGCCCCUCCCAUGGGCCACCAGAAUGAAAAUUGCACUUGGUGCUGCAAAGGGCCUCGCUUUUCUUCAUGAAGAAGCUGAAAGGCCAGUAAUCUAUCGGGAUUUCAAAACUUCAAAUAUUCUUUUAGACGCGGACUACAAUGCAAAACUCUCUGAUUUUGGACUUGCUAAAGAUGGUCCCGAGGGUGAUAAAACUCAUGUAUCUACUCGAGUCAUGGGAACAUAUGGAUAUGCAGCUCCUGAGUAUGUAAUGACAGGUCACUUGACAUCAAAGAGCGAUGUAUACAGCUUUGGAGUGGUGCUACUAGAGAUGAUGACAGGCAGAAGGUCAAUGGACAAGAACAGGCCAAACGGAGAACACAACCUGGUUGAAUGGGCACGUCCUUAUCUUGGAGAAAGAAGGCGAUUCUAUAGGCUUGUAGACCCCCGUCUGGAGGGGAACUUCUCCAUAAAAGGUGCUCAGAAGACGGCUCAGCUGGCCCAUGCCUGCCUUAGCCGUGAUCCAAAGGCUAGGCCUCUCAUGAGUCAAGUGGUUGAAGUCCUCAAACCCCUCGUAAACCUCAAAGACAUGGCCAACUCCUCGUAUUUCUUUCAGUCCAUGCAGCAGGAACGUGCCGCAAGCCUUGGCCACCCAACUGGCAGCCAGAGCAUGAAGGCACAGAGCACCUUCGCGCGCAACGGGCAGCAGCCAAUGAGGAGCCUCUCCUAUGGUCCACAUGCCUCCCCAUACCGGCAAUCCCCGAGGCCUGGCAAACAGCAAUGAGACUCCAUUGUGCUCAUCCAUUCACAAUGAUCACUACAAGACUGGACUUUCUACCCAAACUGGUGCAUAGGUGGUGCACCCAACCUACCAUGGCGCUGGAGCAUACUGUGUCGCGGAGAAGGCCCGGCUUCCAGAAUGACUAGAACUGCGCGGAAACGCCUACAAUGUGCAAAUUUCCUUCUUGUUGUCACUUAGGGUUCUACAUUUCCAAUUCUAGCUACCUUGACUUGGGAGAGGGGCGGAUCAAACCGGUUUUUUUGCUUGUCCUGUGAACAAUGCUCAGACAGGUGGUUAGGGUUGCCUCUUCCUGGAGAAUCCUGGGUAGGGUGUUGUACGUUGAGCUAGGAGAAGAGCUGCUCCCUGGACUCUUACUCAGACUGCGUCACUUGUCGGUCGCCUUGUAAUUAAUCGCCAUUUGGAGGAAAAGGCAACAAAGGGGGAGGCAAAUUGGCCAUCAAAGACCGUCGCCCCCGUCCCCAUCGUCGUCGCCAUCAUCAUUCCAUGAUGCUCGAUCGAUGGAGGUGAGGAAGGAAGGAGGCGGCAAGUGCAGGCAGGCCAGUUAAGGCGCAUGUGCCAUUGAUGGGGUGACAGAGCUAGCUCGCCUUUCAGGUAGGCGUACGCCCCCCCCCCCCCCCCCCCCCCCUCCUUUGACAGAUCAUGAUCAUGCAUGCAUGCGUGCUUGCUUGGUUUGGUAGUACUGUGGUAGUAAUCCUAGAUGCUUUGCACGUGCCAUUACUUCUGAUCAUUUACCCAUCCUUUUCCCGGCCGUCUGGUACCUAACUCUCUCUAUCUGUAUGUGUUGUUACUGCCCUGUUCUGCGUCGUUUUCUUUUUCUCUGAGUAGGUCAUAAGUGAGUUACAAGACUAGCUUGUGCAUGCCGUGCAGUAUGGCAUCUGGUAGUACACAUCAAUACAUAUGCAUGGUACAGUGGUACCACGAUAUGAUCUAGUAGGUCGAGGACUCGAGGUGCAUUGAGCCAUUUGCAUGCCGUCCAACCUUGUGCUGGAAGUAUUUGUUUCUUCGUGGCAUGCCAGUAAAAGAGAUGGCAUAGGGGAAUCUGGAGUUCGCCAGAGGGCAGAGGGGCAACCGGUUACCGAUCUUGACGGCAAAUGCUGCACAAGGUUGCAUACUAACAAGAACAGCAAAGGGGAAAAAAAGGAACAACAAAAGAAAAGAAACGUGGCACCGGGCUGCCUGAAGCCUGGACCGAGAAGCCCAAACACUGGCACGGAAAUUUAGGAAUAAUUAACUUUUUGCCACACUUAAAAAUGAUACUUAAUAUAUUUAUCA